AUGCAUUUUCUUUCGAGAAAAUUCAAUGUUGUUUUCAUUUUUCAUUCGCAUCUCCCCUUUUUGAGGAACUUUUUCCGGGAGUUUUUUUUUUGCUAUAAAAUUUUUUGUGAGGUUAUGUUAAGUAAAUAUUUUUGUUUGCAAAUUCCUCCCCCGGAAAAUCGGGCAAAAAUGUGGAUUUUAACACAAAAUUCCCCCCAAUGGGGAUGUAGGAUGAUUCAGGAAAUCCCAUUUAGGCAUUUUCUAACCACAUUCCGGGGAAAAUCCACGGGGAAUAAAUGGAAAAAGGGAGAGAAAAUAAAGGCACUCAAUUGGGAGAAUAAAGCUCUCUUUGGGGGUGUUACAAGGAAAUCCCAAGCACCCCCAGUUGGGUGGACAGGAGCAGAAGCCACGGAGCUGUCAACGGAAAUGUUCUGGAACAUGCAACGACCAAAGAAGCAUCCGGAAUUGCCUAAAACUCUCCUUGUUAUGCAACAAAAUCUCCCACCGGAACCCAAAACCACCUCCCCCGUCGGUGGGAAAUCUCAGAAACCCCCAAAAAGCACCCCCAGAGAUUCCUCAAUAAAUGAUAUUCCCUUCGAUAGGGAAACCCUGAAGGAUCUCGUGGAUUUCCCCUUAAUCUUCAACAAGAACAAAUAUGCAACAACAGAGAUUCCCGCUGACUUGAAGAAACUUCCUUCCGUGGGCAGGAUACUCCAGGCCACAAUGCCCGAGGCCUCGCGUGAAGCCCUAAUGCGGUGGAAGGUGCUGAAAAUUGCGGAAUUGGGUGAGGAGGGAUUUAGGAAACUCAAUGAACAGCACCUCAAACAGGGAGCUCAGCUGCAUCGGUGGAUUGAGGAGUUCCUCAGCACGGGUGGGCAAGUUCCGGAAGAGGCGAGAGCUGAAGGUGGUUGGCGGAGUGUUGAAAACUUCCUCACAAACAUUGAGGCCAAAUGUGUGGAAGCAAAAGUAGCGCAUCCCUUCCUCAAAUAUCACGGAAUCGUUGAUUGUGUCUCCAUUGUUGACUCCGAACUCCAUGUGAUCGAAUGGAAAAAGUCUGAACGUGCCAAAGCAACAAUUUCCGCCACAUACGAUGCUCCAUUGCAACUUGCAGCCUAUUUGGGUGCCCUAAAUGCCACCCUUCCGGCUCAUGGGCUCACCACACCCGUCCUCCGUGGGGCUGUUGUGGUUGUCUACACAGAUGGAACACCUGCGCACGUCCAUUCACUCGGAAGUAGCGAAAUUCGCAGCUACUGGCGCUCGUGGCUUAUUCGUCUACAAGAAUACUGGAUACGAGCGAGGGAUGGAACGCUGCCUGAACCUAUUUAAGCUAUCUGUCUAGAAAUUUUGCCUUUAAUAAAUAAAGUUUUUCAAUAAAAA